GUUUGAAAAUACCAUCAAGUAUCAUUCCAAGUUAUGACUUGUUCCAGAGCCUUCUGCGAUUUUUGGAUUCAAAUUCUCGCAAACGCUGGACGUUAUGUUACCGCGCCUCCUCUCACGGCUGGGCAGCAAGUACUUUUCACAGUCGCUGUGAUGGAAAGCCGCACACUGUUACUAUCAUAAGAAAAAGCCCGUACUUGUUUGGAGGAUACACCGACAUUGCUUGGGAUUCCAGUAACACAUACGGCUACUCGUCCACUUCUUUUAUAUUUUCGCUCAUCAACAAAGAAGGACUAGCACCAUUCAAGAGCACGGUGAAUUACCCGGAUUACGCAAUUUAUAGGCACAGAAGUUAUGGUCCAACAUUUGGUGGAGGACACGAAAUCCACAUUAGCAAUAAUGCCAACAGUAACACUAAGUCAAACACAUAUUUUGGUAGUGGGUACUACUCAGUGCCAAGUGGAUUACAAAGCAAGUAUACAAUCCUUUCUGGGUCUUACUACUUCACACCCGAUGAGGUGGAAGUAUUUUAUCUCACCUGAGUCACAUUGUUGGGAGACCACACAAUGAGUAACCGGCUGAAACGAAACUGUUAAAGUAUGUGAUUUAUUUCAACCAAAUAGAUCGUAAAGAAACUGUAAGGUGA